AUGGGUGAAAUGGAGGAAUUGAGAAAGGAGGCGGACAGCCUUAAAGACCAGAUCACUGCAGCUCGUAAGGCAGUGAAUGACAGCACACUGCAGGAGGUAGCAGUUGGGAUCGCCGCGGUGAACCGUGUCCAGUUGAAGACCAGGAAAACACUACGGGGUCACCUUGCCAAGAUCUACGCUAUGCACUGGGGCACUGACACCAAGCUGUGUGUCAGUGCCUCACAAGAUGGAAAACUCAUUGUGUGGGACAGCAUCACAACCAACAAGGUGAGCGCCAUCCCCCUCAAGUCAUCGUGGGUGAUGACUUGUGCCUACGCACCUUCGGGGAACCUGGUGGCUUGUGGCGGUCUGGACAACAUGUGCUCCAUCUACAACCUCAAGGGUAAAGAUGGAAACGUUAAGGUCAUGCGUGAGCUGGCAGCACACACAGGUUACCUGUCCUGCUGUCGUUUCAUUAGUGACAGUGAGAUCAUCACCAGCUCUGGAGACUGCACUUGUGUACUAUGGGACAUUGAGACAGGGACCCAAAAGACCAUCUUCGCAGGACACCAGGGAGACUGCAUGUCCCUGGCCGUGUCCCCAGACUUCAAGUUUUUCAUCUCAGGAGCGUGUGACUUCACGGCCAAGCUGUGGGACAUCCGGGAGGCCACAUGCAGACAGACCUUUGGAGGCCAUGAGAGUGACAUCAAUGCAAUCGGGUUCUUCCCCAACGGUAACGCGGUUAUAACAGGAUCGGAUGAUGCCACCUGUAAGCUGCAUGACCUGAGAGCCGACCAGGACCUGAUUACCUACCAGGACUCCACCAUCAUGUGUGGUGUGACCUCUCUGGCCCCAUCUUUGUCUGGACGCCUGAUUCUGGCCGGCUACGAUGACUUCAACGUUAACAUUUGGGACACACUGAAAUCGGAGAGAGUAGGAGUGCUGGCUGGUCAUGACAACAGAGUGAGCUGUAUCGGAGUAUCGUCAGAUGGUAUGGCUUGUUGCACAGGAUCCUGGGACAGCUUCCUCAAGAUAUGGAACUGA